AUGGUCGAUCUACACUCUCUGCCCGAGGGCACUUGGCCCGCACACGCAAUCCGCAACAAUGGACCUAAUAAUCUCGUGCUCGAGAGAGCCAAGCUACGCGAACUUGCGGAAGGAUGGCCUUGUUACCGUGACGCUUGCGAGUGGGAAAACUUCGAGUCCAUUUUCCAUGAAGAUGCUCAUGUAUACACCACCUGGUCCGGCCGCGUCCAUUACAAAGACUUCAUGGCAGCAUCAAAAGCCGGCAUGGACAAAGAGGCUUUCAUAAUGCACCGCUGUCACGGCGUGACAACCGAUAUCACACCAGAUGCGACUCGCGCUGUUACCAAAAUGAAGGCCACCAUCACUCAGCGUUUUAAUAUCGAUGACUGCGAAGUUGAUGCCGAAGCGGAUUGCCGAUUCUGCUUCUUCUUUGAAAAGGUAGACGGACACUGGGGUGCUCGCUUCGUUCGACACUGGUAUGAGAAAGAUAAACUUCUGCCUGUGAACCCCAACAAGAUUCCGAAAAUCGACGAGCACAAGCUCAACUCGUACCCUGAGGGAUACAAGUGCCUCGCGUAUUGCCAAGAGCUCACCAUGGGUGUUUGUGUACUCAAGGACAUGCCUGGGCAUAGAAGACAUGUCGAAACUGCGUCCGGCGAAAAGCAUGAUCUAUUAUACCGAUUGGCGAAGGUCUGGCUGGAUGGGAAGAAGAUUGAUGUAUAG